AGCCUGGCCAAUGGCUCUCAGGGUGAGGGUUGAGGGGUGGGAGGUGCCUGCCAGCGGAUGGUGCAGGAUUGUUCCCUCGUGAGUGCUGGGCUACCAGGUGGUCAUGGAGGUGGUCUCUCUCGAAGAGCUGGACGAAGAGGAGCAGCUGGUGAGAAGGCAUCGCAAGGAGAAGAAGGAGUUGCAAGCCAAAAUUCAAGGUAUGAAGAAUGCUGUUCCCAAAAAUGACAAAAAGAGGAGGAAGCAACUCACUGAAGAUGUUGCUAAGUUGGAAGCAGAAAUGGAAAAGAAACAUAAAGAGGAACUGGAGCAACUGAAGCUGACUUCUAAGGAGAGUAAAAGAGACUUUGAUGCUGUUAACAUUUCAAACUUGGUUCUUGAGAAUCAGCCGCCUCGGAUAUCACGAGCCCAGAAGAGACGGGACAGAAAAGCUGCAUUGGAAAAGGAGCAGAAAGAAAGGAUCGCAGAGGCCGAACUUGAGAACUUACAUGGAGCCAGACAUGUAGAAGGUGAAAAACUCGCUCAGAUACUGGUGGCUCGACAGCUGGAGAUCAAACAGGUGCCGUCGGAUGGCCACUGCAUGUACAGAGCCAUUGAAGACCAGCUGCAGGAGCGGGAGAGCCCUCUGACUGUCGCUGCCUUAAGGAGCCAAACCGCUGAAUACAUGCAAAGCCACAUGGAAGACUUUCUGCCCUUUUUAACAAACCCUAAUACAGGAGAUAUGUACACGCCAGAAGAGUUUGGAAAGUACUGUGAUGAUAUUGUAAACACAGCUGCAUGGGGAGGUCAGCUUGAGCUAAGAGCCCUGUCUCAUAUUUUACAAACACCAAUAGAGAUAAUACAGGCAGAUUCUCCUCCUAUUGUAGUUGGUGAAGAAUAUCCAAAAAAACCAUUAAUACUUGUAUAUAUGAGACAUGCAUAUGGCUUAGGAGAACAUUACAAUUCUGUUACAUGGUUGGUGAACAGAGCUACUGAAAAUUGCAGCUAGUUUACAAAAUGUUGCACAAUUGUGUUUUAGUACAGUGUGCUGAUAUGAGUAUUCAUACCAAGUGCUGGAUUGUUCUAAACAUUACUGAAAAACACAACUACCUUAAAUCAGUUUCAUUGCAAAGCUGCUAACAAGAAGUUUUUUUAAAAAAUGUCAGAGAUAAACUUUAACCAGUGUCACCAUGGUGGUAUUUUAAAAACACUUGUAAGUGCAUUGUGGAGAACAUCGUUUGUAGACCAAGAUGCAACCCUAUUUGCUUAUAUUUUUAUUAAUAUAGGAUCCUGAACAUUCUGUUGAAAUAAAUCUUAAAUGUUUAAAAGCUUUCAGUAACCAUAUCAAUGUAAUUUUUCUGGAAGGAAUGAGAUGAAUCAAUUUCCUUGUCAUUACAGUAAUAUGGGGAUGGUGAUAGCAAAUUUAAUCAUGCUUAAACAUGAACUUGAUUGACCUUGGCUUGGUGGCUCAGUUGGUUAGAGCAUCAUCCCGAACGCCAAGGUUGCGUGUUUGAAUCCUGGUCAGGUCACAUACAAGAAGCAAUCUGUGAAUGUGCAAAUAAGUGGGACAAUAAAUCGAUGUUCUUCUCUUCCUCCUCUCUCUAAAAUCAAUAAAUAAGAAUAAGUAAAUAAUAAACUUGAUUGCAGUGACCUUGGUGUAGAUGGGAUUACUGCUGUGAAGCUUUUUUAUAACCCUACCAAAGUGAAGCUAAGAAGCUUGUUUUAAUGAUUAAGAAUUUUAAAAUGUUUUUCCCCCUCUGAGAAUCAGUUGUUAACCUUUAUGAAAUGAGACAAAUUCAAAGGUAAAUAGGUGUUUCCUAUCAGAUUUAAACCUCCUAAGAAUUGCGUAUUAGCCUUUUAUUUGUGUGUAAUUUUAAAAGACUCAACAGAUUAACGUCUAAUUUAUUUGUUACUACUUGCUGUUUCCUAAACAGUGCAAUUAAUAUCAUCAUUUCUUUUUUAAAAAUUUUCUUAAAAAUCAUUUUUUAUUUUCAAUUAGAGUUGACAUACAUUGUUACUAGAUGCAGGUGUACACCCCGGUGAUUAGGUAUUGUAUAACUUAGUAAGUGAUCAUCCACUAAAUCUCUCACCCAUCUGACACCAUUCAUAGUUAUGAGAUUAUUACUGACUGUAUUCCCGAUGCUGUACUUCACAUCCCCUUGACUACUCUGUAACAAACAAUUUGUACUUCUUAAUCUUUUCACCU